CAUACUUAAAAACUCUAUGCUGUAAUUUAUCAUGUUUAUAGUUCAUAUUUGCACAAAGAUGUCCGUUAAGUAUUGUUUUCUGAAUGAAAAAUGAUAGCAUUUCAUUACAAUCUUUUAAUGGAUUUGUAUGGCUUUUUACCUAUUCUUUAAUCUGUUUACAGAGAUAUAUCAUUGGAACUUUAUCAAUAAUUUUAUGAAAUUUUGUAUGAAUUUGUAAGUAUUUUAACUCGUUAUGUGUGAAAACAGGAUAUUUACUUCAAAAUUUUAACCUUUUCAUUCAUACAAACCAAAUAAAAUAAAAGUAACAACAUAAAUAUGAACAAACUAAACACAAGAUAAAGUGACUAAAUGAUCCACGGACUUCUAUAAAUUUUUUUACCUAGGUCAACAAUUAAAUUUGUCGAGUUUUGUUAAAGGUACACGUCCCUAUUGAUUCAAUUUUAGUAUUUACGACAGUUGACACUGCAGUUAUUGUUCAUUCAUAACUUAAAUGAUCGAACAGGAAAACUGUGGCAAAUAUAAUCAAAUUGUCGCUGUGUGAUCGAUGUCUCGGACAACAAGAUACAAUAUCAAAGGUGUGACAUAUACACUUAUAAUAAGAUAUAUUGGACUGGUCUGAUCGGUGUAAUAUCAAUUAAUGUUAUGAUACAGUUAUUAUGUGAACUUGACUAACAUGAUAAGAAAUGACAAUUUAAGUUGGAACAGGAUAAUUUAGUUGGAAAAGAAAAGAAUUAUGCACAUGUUGUGAACCGUUGAUGUAUACAAGCAUACCAUGGCACGGGUGUCAUUAAAAAGUGCUAUACUAUCAUUAGGAAUCUUUUCUGUAAUGGUCACUGUUUAUCAGUGGGGCAGCUGUGACAUUGGACACAGGGAUGAUAAUUUCUAUCGGGAAAAUGUAGGAUUUCAACCCCGUGUUGCACAGUCUUUUAAAGAAAAUAGUAACAAAAACACAUUGAAGUAUAAGGAAAUAGAAUGUGUCAUCAAUGGAGAAGAUUCCCAGAAAUGUCGUAGAGAAGCUAAAGAAGUUUACAUGCCAUUUUCAUUUAUUCAGAAGUAUUUUGAGGUUUAUGGAUCCAUUGAAUCAUAUGAUGGAUAUGAGAGGUUUGAAUUCCAGCACAGUUAUUCCAAAGUCCAUCCCAUCCCAGAUCAAUACUCACCAGGUGGCAUCUUUAUGUCAUUUGAGUUCUAUAACGUGGAGGAGCGCAACAGAGUUAAAUGUCUCACUGGCCAAUAUGGUGUACCAAUGUCAACCCAGUGGACCUCCAGUGGCCAUUAUUAUCCAAUACAGAUAGCCCAAUUUGGUCUAAGUCAUUACAGUAAACAUCUGGCUGGACCUAAACCAAAGGUCCAGGUCCUAGAAGAUGGAGAGUCAGGUGAUACAUCAGAAUGGCUCUUACCUGAUAGAAGAUCUCAGUUGGCUGUUAAAACUGAUGCAGAUUUUACCGACAACAGCAUCAUUGAAUUUGAUACAUCAGAAAACCUAAAGAACCCUGGAAUUACAAUUUCGAUGGACGAGAAGAAGUUAUCAACUUUAUCUUUAGACAUUAAAUUUAUUUCGAACGGAAGUCUAACGGUUUUGCUACGGACAGGAGAUGGAAAUUUGUUCAGAAUUCAUUAUGUGUUGGGAGAUACUCUGAUUUACCUUCAAAAACGUGACCUUUAUUAUGGCUUAGGGUCAAAGGCUAGAGGUAAAUGGCUACACAUUACAAGAAUGGUAAUGGUCGACUUUCAAAAAGGAUUAGCUCUAUCAAUGUCUAAAUCGAAAGUGGCAAAAUUUAAAAGAAAUGCAAGAAUAGCAGCGAUUUGUUUACGUGGACAUGGAUUGGUUGAUAAUGUUACACUGUCGUCUGCUGCUCAUCUUGAACAUUUCUUUGAUGCUGCUAAUUAUUUAGUAAAUCAGCAAGAUGAUCAGGGAGGAUGGCCAAUCAUGGUCCAAAGGAAGCUUGUUCCUGCUGUCCUUGAACUUGAUGCAGGGUGGUACUCUGCAAUGGGUCAAGGUCAGUCAAUAUCACUGUUAGUGAGAGCAUUUAUUGUUUCAAAAGACCAAAAAUAUUUAGACGCUGCAGAGAGAGCGCUAGACGUGUUUGGAAUUAAAAGCGGUGAUGGUGGUGUGUUGACUAAGUUUGCAGGAGUGUACGAUUGGUAUGAGGAGUACCCAACUACACCCUCAAGUUAUGUUUUAAAUGGAUUUAUAUAUUCAUUAUUAGGAUUAUAUGACUUAAAAGAAGUGGCAUCGGGCAAGGGUGCCGAACAUGCCACAAGACUAUUUGAUGUUGGCAUGAAGACAUUGAAAAACAUGUUAUUAAUGUUUGAUUCAGGCUCGGGGACAUUUUAUGACUUGAGACAUUUGACACUAGGUGGCGCUCCUAAUCGUGCAAGAUGGGAUUACCAUACAGUUCAUAUUAAUCAACUAAAUCUACUUAGUUUAAUUGACAAUGACCCUUUGUUCACUUCAACAUCGAAAAGAUGGACAGACUACAUGAAGGGCAAGCUAUCACCUCAUAAUUAAAACUUCCUUUGUUAUAUAUUGUUUACUUUUGUGCUGUAGCCCUGAUUUUUGUUAUUUGAUAUGCAUCGGGUAGAAAUUAACAUUAUGCAUACACACACUGUAUGUUGGAAAUUGCAACAUUAUUUCAGGAAAACGUAAAACUUUGUCAAAAAUGUAACAAUAUUGUUACGGUAAUACAUUUACAAAUUGUAUUUUGAAAAGUAUCAUGGAAGGUACAAAAAUGUAUAAUUUAUAAUAUCAAUAGAAACCAAAAAUAUGAUUUUUUUUUACUUAUUGGUUAAAUAAAUGUGUAAAUGUCUAUUACGUGAAAAAACUUGGAAAAAUUAGAUUUUUUAUUUGUUCAAAUGUUAUUGAAAUUUGACUUUUUUUCAGCAGUAUUCUACCUGUGUAUACAUGGUAUACAUAGUUUUCAUAUCUUAAGCAAUUUAUUUCAUUUGCAUGUUUAUCAUUGUUUAUGAGAAUGUCAAUUUAUGUGCGCUAUGUUAAUUUCUAUCUCUUGCAUCUUAUUGUUAAGUAUUUGUUUUGUUUUGAUUUAUACUGUGUAAUAGCUAUACCAAUAAUUUGUUAAUGAUGUCAAAUAUUUUUAUGUGUUAUGAAGAUUUGUUAUUUUAUGUUUUAACAUGGUGCUGCCAAGUUGAAUGUCAAAAAUAGUACUUUUCAUGGAUUAAUCAUGAAAAAAAUAUUUUUAGUGACAAAGAGUUUUGCUCUUAAUUUUUUGUUUGGAAUACGAAGGACUACUUGAACUGAGAUUUUUAUUUGCUAUCUUGACAGACAAUUUUAUGUGCAAAUAUUAAACCAAAUCAUUGACUUAAAUUGAAUUCUGAAAUCCCAUUGUCAGUAAAAUCUGCUUUGUACUGUACAUGUAACUGUUUAAAUUGUUUUCAAUGGACGUUCUCUACAAAUAAACCAAUUUCUUCCGACAAUUACAAGUUAUUAACAAACAAAAAUAUGAUAAUGCAGAGUAAAAAACUCUCUAAGAAGAUAGUUGUAACUAAUAAAAAGUAUGACAGCAUAAACACUUCUGAUUUGCAGUCAUAAAAAAAACCAAUGUCAACAUUUGACAAAGGGGGAUAAUAUUGUAGUCCUGUUUAAUUCAUUUAUAACGAAAGGGGUAUUUUAUUUACCUUUUAGCUGUUUUUACAUUAUUUUUGUCCAUGAUGUAUAUGUCCUCUUUUGUAAAUAGUUGUACAGUUUCUAAAUUGUAAAUAUUUUGAGUAAUUUAGUGCCAUAGAAUUAAAAAUGCAUAAAUGAUAAACAGACAAAUAAGUCAUUUGAAAGAACUGAUGAGAAACAUUAAUUCGGGUAUAUGUUGGUUUGAAGUCACAUGGGGGGAUUAAAUUCAAUAUCCCCCAAUUCCUAGAACUAUUGCAACAAAGGGACAUGGUUUCUCUAAAUAUUUUUAGCUUGCCAAUUCAUCCUUUUAAUUUUCAAAGAAUGGAAAUUGAAUUUUUGAAUUGGUCAACCUGCAUCAAGUAUGAAAGAUUUAUGACUUAUUUUUGGAGUUUAUUAUAUAAUUAACAUUCCAUAAGGAUUAUUUAACCUAAAACUAUGUUGUAUAAUAUAAUGCUAUUUACAUGUAUCAUUCUACAAAGCUUUAAGGUAAUCAUUGAAUUGAUCUCAGUUAAGGGGAGAUAAUACUACUUUGUGAAAGGGAAGGUAAUUAAAUAUUAAUAGUGACAUGUGACAUUGUUUUUAAAUUUAUUUAUUUUGGUUGAAUUAAAACAUCAGUCUUUAAAGUUAGGAAAAGUUACUGAUUGGAAAGACUUUGCAUACUUAAGAAUACAAAAACAAAAUGAAUGAGGUAGAUUCUUUAAAGUAUUAUUUCAAAUUGGAUAUAUAAAUAAUGUUGGAAGUACAAUGUAUUGAGCUAAAAUAUCUGGAAAAAAAACGUACAUUUUCAGUCCUAGUUUUGUAAAAAGACUUUUUAAAAGCACGAAAUUUUGUAGCGUUUUUUAAUUGUUUGUGUAAAGCUUUUGCCAUCAGUCAUGUCAAAGAUUCAGGUUAUUGUAAUAAAUGCUGUAAAUGUACAUACAGAGAAGGUUAAGGUGACCAACAUCUGUAAAUUUCUAAUAUAUGUAGGUCACUGUAGCAUAAUUUUCCAUUUAUGGUACAAUGUUGUAAAUAAUUCAUUAACAAAGCUGUGAUUUUAUGUAAAUGGUUGUGACUUAAAUGGUUGUUGAAAUAGGCUAUAUUAAUAUAAUACCUAGAGUUUUAUCGCAUUUGUUUUUUUUUUUUUGUAAAAUCCGGUGGGUUGGCUGUUUCUCUCUUUCUUUUUCUGUUGCAAGUUUUGAACAAUUUACUUAAAGUAGACAAUGGAUCUUAUAUUUUUCUACGGUUAGACAUUUAUAUAAAACAGAAGACCUCAACGUGGCAGAAAUUUCAAAUAAAAAAAUACUGUAAGCAUCUUUAUGGCUGAAAUGUUGGGUUUUUGUUGAUGAGAAUCUAGGUAUUAAUUUUAUGUAGCCUGAGCCAAAACAAUGUGUUAUUUUGGUUGUUGUAAUUUAAGGCACAUGCAGUGCUGGGUCAUCAUAUCACUUGUCGGUCAUUUGUUAGUAUUCUGCAGUAGUUCAGGACAGUAAGAAAUUUUUUUUUGCAUGCAUAUGGAAUGUAUUUUUUUCUGUGCUAACUACAUGUAAUUUGUUUAUAUUGAUUUUCUACACAAAGUUUGUUAUGUUGAAAUUUAGUACUUUGUAAAGUAUUCAUCUAUAGAUUGUAAAUUCAAAUUUCAUUCAUUAUUGAGUCGAUAGUCUAUAAUUCAAAUUUAGUUUCAUGGAAUUGUGUGCAUACUGUAGUAAUUUAAGACAUAUAGUAGCAAAAAUCGAGGUGGUCAUUCAGUUUUAUUAUUUAAAUUAUUUUUUAAAAAAAUUAUGUAACAGAAUUUGAGGGUCUAUAUUAUUAAAAUCUUUAAAGAUAAUUCUAUUAUGAUUUUUUAUAAAUUUAAAAAAAAAUCAAAAAGGAAAUGAGACCCUUUCCAUUCCCUUCAUGUUUCUCUGUUGUGGAACAGUUGCUAUGUAAACAAACAGGCUGCUAUGUCCACAAACAAUAUAGAAGUUAAUUUGCAUAAAUUUUAAAAUUUAAGUGUUUUGCAUGUUGUGUUAAGGAAUUGAUCUCAUAUAUAUUUCAUACUGUUCUGAACUACUAAACAAGCUGACUAUAUAAUAAAUAUAUUGUGUUCUUUUAUUUUUACCGUAAGCAUAUCACUAUUUUUAUUUCCAAUCAUUUUUAUCAGUGAUUUCAUUACCAAAUAUAUUUUACCAUUGUUCGUACUACAUUGUAUCACAUAAGUAUACAGUUAAAGUGACAAAAUGCAGAUUUUAUUUUGCAGUUUUAAAAUUAAGUGAUGAAAUGCUGAUUUUAUUCUGCAGUUUUAAAAUUAAAUGGUAAAAUACUGAUGAUAUUCUCCUGUUUUAGUAUACUUUGUUUUCACAACACCAUAUAAAAGACUCAUAAGGUCUUUGGACAGUUUAUUUUGUUGUGAGAAAUUUUAAAAUUCAUAUCCAUGUGUUAAAAAUAUUUGAAUUUGAAUUUUGUUUUAUUUCAAAUUUUCAAAGAAAAAGUAUAUUUCAGCAUGAAAAAAAGUACUUUUUUCAUGAUUUAUUCUUCACAGAACCUCUGAUUUACUGUGAAUUCACAUUCAAUGCACUUUUGUUAGUGGAUAGUUGAGGGUCUGGAUGAGGGUCUUGAUUUCUGUAUUCUUAAUUUCUUUUGCCCAUUAUUCUCUGUUCUUUAUCUUUUUUUUUGCCAAUUAUUCUCUGUUCUUUUUUUUCCCAUUAUUCUCUAUUCUUUAUUUUUUUUUUUUGCCAAUUAUUCUCUAUUCUUUUUUUUUCCAUUAUUCUCUGUUCUUUAUUUUUUUUUGUCCCAUUUUUUCCUCUAUUCUGUAUUGGCCCAUGAUUUUCUAUUCUCUAAACCUAUCCAGACCCUCAUAGCUUAUUGUGCAAUUAUUUUUAUAAAACGAGUUAGGUACCUCUCUGUAUUUUCAUGGUGCUUUACUGUAGAUUUCUCUACAUUUAUUUUUAUCCUAUUGUCAAUUUUUCUGAAAAUUUUAUCAUAUAUUUUUUUUCCAUUUUGGUUGAUCUAUGAAAUUUUUAUAAUCAUACCUUUAUAGACUUUGUGUAAAUUUUCAAUUAAGAUAUAUAAAUUUUAAAAUUUGAUAAUAUGAAAUUUUUAAUUUGGAUAAUUAAAAAAAAUGCAGAAUAUUCAUUUUAUGGAUGCCACUUUGUUACAGUAUCUUUUAUACAUUGUUAGAUAAUCAAUUUACAAUUGUAACUUCAACCAAAAAAAAGAUAUAAAGGUUUAUGUAUGUAAAUAUUUUUUUAUUUUUACCGAUAUUUCAGAUGCUGUCGUUGACAUGCAAACAAAUAUUAUACUCAUUAAUCGUUUGGUUGUAGAAUGUGUUGAAUGAGCUUAUUUUAAACAGACUGGUGUAAACUUAUUUUUCAAAACAGGUUAAGUUUGAAUUCUCAAGGUCAAAGUGACAUUCUUGUUUAUUAAGGUUUUAUGGGGAAAAUACCCAGGACUUGAUUUAAAUUAGAAAUACACACACAUAUGUUUGCAUUUGAUGUUAGAAUUAUCAGGUCUUGAUUAUGAUAGAAAAUUUUACAUGAUUCAUAACAGAACAUUUUUCCUAAGAAGUUGAAUUUUAGUUGAAAUUUUAUACAGUUGAUUUAUUUUAAGACAAUAAUAAUACUUCUCAAAUGUAUUAUUGAAAAACUUCAUUCUUGUUUUAUGUGUAUAAUUUAAUUUUUAUUCCAGUCUUCAUUGUAUGAAUGAUAACUGCAGAGAGAGUUAUUGUAUUUUCAUAUCAUUGUUAAACAUGUAAUUGAUCAGAAUGAUAUUCUGGACAAUGAAUAUAAAAAAUUAUGAAAAACCAUUCAUAAAAAUAUUAAAAAAUGAAAAUGA